AUGUUCUGCCACGAAGACAGUCCUAGUCCCAAGCGACAACGCCUUUCCCAUUCAGUCUUUGACUAUUCAGCAGCAUCACCAGCUCCAUCACCACCAAUGCGACCAUGGGAGAUGACACCAAACAGGCAGCCUCCUUUGGCUCGGCCCAGCCAACACCACUUCUCAGGGGAACGAUGCAACACACCGGCACGAAACAGGAGGAGUCCUCCUGUUCGACGUCAGAGAACAAGGAGAGAUCGUUUAUCUAGACAUAAUUCCAUUAGCCAGGAUGAAAACUAUCACCAUCUCUCCUAUGGACAGCAGCAAGCAAUAGAAGAGCCUCGAGCCUUUCGCCCACCGAAUGUAUCUCCUCGCCUGUUGCACCCAGCGGCUCACCCACCACAGCAGAAUGCAGUGAUGGUUGACCUUCACGAUCAGAUCCAUCAGGGCACAGUUCCUGUCUCGUAUACAGUGACCACGGUGGCUCCGCAUGGGAUACCGCUUUGCACCGGCCAGCACAUCCCAGCCUGCAGUGCACAGCAGGUGCCAGGCUGCUCAGUGGUUUUCAGUGGGCAGCACCUUCCAGUUUGCAGUGUGCCUCCCCCAAUGCUUCAGGCGUGCUCAGUCCAGCACCUACCUGUACCAUAUGCAGCAUUUCCACCCCUCAUUUCUAGCGACCCAUUCCUUUUGCAUCCUCCUCACAUCUCUCCGCACCACCCUCCUCACUUGCCUCCUCCAGGACAGUUUGUUCCUUUCCAAGCACAGCAGUCACGGUCGCCACUUCAAAGGAUAGAAAAUGAAGUAGAACUGCUUGGAGAACAUCUUCCUGUAGGAGGUUUUACAUACCCUCCUUCAGCCCAUCCACCAACAUUGCCUCCUUCAGCACCUCUCCAAUUCCUAACCCAUGAUCCCUUACACCAGGAGGUGUCAUUUGGUGUUCCUUACCCACCGUUCAUGCCUCGAAGACUCGCAGGGCGCAGCAGAUACCGAUCACAGCAGCCACUACCACACCACCCUUACCAUCCCAGCCUAUUACCUUACGUGCUAUCAAUGCUUCCAGUGCCACCUGCAGUUGGACCAGCUUUCAGCUUUGAGUUGGAUGUGGAAGAUGGGGAGGUAGAAAACUAUGAGGCACUGCUGAAUUUGGCAGAACGUCUGGGAGAAGCCAAACCACGGGGAUUGACAAAGGCAGAUAUUGAACAGCUUCCAUCCUACAGAUUCAAUCCAAACAACCACCAGUCAGAACAGACAUUGUGUGUGGUGUGCAUGUGUGAUUUUGAGUCAAGGCAGCUACUUCGAGUCUUACCCUGUAACCAUGAAUUCCAUGCCAAGUGUGUUGAUAAAUGGCUGAAGGCAAAUCGGACCUGCCCGAUUUGUAGAGCUGAUGCUUCGGAAGUGCACCGUGAUUCAGAAUGA